AUGUCUCGGAACCUAGACAGUCCUGUGCAGACACAAAUGGCAGUGGCGGUUUUCAAGACUCCCCUCACUGGGGGUAAUAAGAUGGAAGGGAAGCAUCACCAUCAUCAUCAGCAUCAGCAGCAGCUACAGAGACAGUCCUCAGGGAGAAGAGUCUUUGUGCAGACGGAGACUGGUUGUGUUCUUGGGAUGGAGCUGGACCGUAGUGAUAAUGUUCAUACAGUGAAGAGGAGGCUUCAGAUAGCUCUUAACUUCCCCACUGAAGAGAGUUCUUUGACUUACGGAGAUAUGGUUCUUACUAACGAUCUCAGCGCUGUGAGGAACGAUUCUCCUCUUCUCCUGAAACGUAACUUCAUGCACAGAAGCUCAUCCACUCCUUGUCUCUCACCUACAGGGAGAGACCUGCAGCAGAAAGACAGAAGUGGUCCUAUAGAGAUAUUGGGACAAUCAGAGUGUUUUUCUGUUGUGAAACAAAUGGUUAAGGACAUUGUCAAGGCCAUGAAGCUUGGUGUUGAGCCGUUAGCUGUUCAUAGCGGGCUUGGAGGGGCUUACUACUUUAGGGACAAGAAGGGUCAGAGUGUUGCUAUUGUCAAACCAACCGAUGAAGAGCCCUUUGCACCUAACAAUCCAAAGGGGUUUGUUGGGAAAGCUCUUGGACAGCCUGGGUUAAAGUCUUCAGUACGUGUUGGUGAAACAGGGUUUAGAGAAGUUGCUGCUUAUCUUCUUGACUAUAACCGCUUUGCUAACGUCCCUCCCACUGCUCUUGUGAAGAUAACUCAUAAUGUUUUCAAUGUUAACGAUGGUGUGAAAGGGAACAAGACUAGGGAGAAGAAGCUUGUUAGUAAGAUUGCUUCUUUCCAGAAGUUUGUGGCUCAUGAUUUCGACGCUAGUGAUCAUGGUACUUCGAGCUUCCCUGUAGCUUCAGUGCACCGGAUUGGGAUAUUGGAUGUGAGGAUCUUCAACACUGACCGUCAUGGUGGGAACCUUUUGGUGAAAAAGGUUGGGAUGUUUGGUGAGGUUGAGCUUAUCCCAAUUGAUCAUGGUCUUUGCUUGCCGGAGACUCUUGAGGAUCCUUAUUUUGAGUGGAUUCAUUGGCCUCAGGCGUCAUUGCCUUUCUCUGAUGAAGAGAUUGAUUAUAUUCAGAAGCUUGAUCCGUUGAAGGAUUGUGAGAUGCUUAGGAGAGAGCUUCCUAUGAUUAGAGAAGCUUGUCUUCGUGUUCUUGUUCUCUGCACUGUUUUCCUUAAAGAAGCUGCUUCUUAUGGGCUGUGUCUUGCGGAGAUUGGUGAGAUGAUGACUCGAGAGUUUCGAGGUGGAGAAGAGGAGCCGAGUGAACUCGAGGUUGUGUGUAUUGAAGCUAAAAGAUCAGUCACUGAACGUGAUGUGUUCUCUCCAAGGUCAGAUGUGAUAGGAGGAGAAGCAGAGUUUCAGUUUGAUCUAGACUGUGAUGAGUUGGAAUCAGUUUACGGCUCCAAGAUGCAACUAACCGAUGACUACUUCACGAGAAACCCUUUUUCAAACGGACGUUCUUCACUAGGAAAGCUUGAAGAAAGCAUCAAGGAAGAAGGAGAAGAGGAAGAUGAAGAGGGAGAGGACAUUACUGAAAAUGCUGUCCCUGUGAUGACAAUGAAAGACAGUUUUUUUAGUUCUGCUGCUUUUCAUGACAAAUCUAAAUCUCUUUCAAAGCUUUCUACAUCGAUGAAGAACACACAUCUUAGCGACACGGGAAGGAAAAACAACAACACAAAGCCUUUAACAAGAGGCAAAUCUGACAACACAUCGUCUGGUCACAAAAGCGCAAACGAACAGCUUCAAGUGAGUGCAAGCUUUGUGAAAGUAGCAGACAUGAAAGAGGACGAGUGGGUUCUGUUCUUGGAGAGGUUCCAGGAGUUACUUGGACCGGCUUUUGAAAAACGCAAGACCACAACGUUGAGCAAGAGACAGAGACUUGGCACUUCAUGCCAGUUUUGAGAAACCAUAUAUUAGUAGAGAGAGAGAGGCAGGAUCUACAGAGUGGAGUAUGAAACUGGAGGCUUCUUGUUCGUUCUAUGGUAGUAGUAAAAAAAUUAAAAGUUUGGAAGGUUUGGCUUAUGACACAAGCAGGAAGGUGAAAAAGGGAGUUUGGUUGUUUUAUCUUUUCACCCUUUUUGUAAAUAUUUGCUUCUACCUUUCUCUUUGUUUGUUUUUUUUUUUUGCCCCUGUCUCAGCCUUCACUUGUUCUUUCCUUUGGUAUGUUCUUGUGGCUUGGCCCCUUGUCUUAUAAAUAAUAUUAGUCUUUGUUGAUUUUGAUCGGUUACUAAAUGAUCAACCUAUCGUCAUCUGUUAUAUGACAGAUAUUAACUACAUGGUAAUAGAGAAACAAGAAGAUGAAAUA